CACUUGUGUUCCAACAGGGGUGUGACUUCGGAUUCUGUUCCCCUCCCUGUUUAGGUCACUCAUUAUUUCAGUAGCGUUUCGAAUUGAAGUAGAAGACGCCGGCUUUCUGGAGAGAUUUAAUUGUGUAGGCUGCGAGAGGAAAGUCCGUCUUUGGGUACAAGAUCUGGAAGCGAGAGCAAUGGCCAAAUUCUGGUUGUGUGCAGCCGUUGGAUUUUACAUGUUGCAGCAGAUUUGCGCAGCCCGAAUGGAUUUGAAUAUAAGUUGUAGAUAUGCAGGUGUUUUCCAUGUAGAGAAGAAUCAACGCUACAGCCUUACGAGAGAAGAGGCUGUUCAGCUUUGCGAAGCACUUAAUAGUACCAUCCCAACAUGGGACCAAAUGGAAAAAGCCUACACCCUGGGUUUUGAAACUUGCAGAUAUGGCUAUAUAGAAGGCAAAGUCGUACUUCCCAGGCAUACUCCUUAUUUUCUCUGUGCAGCAAACAACACAGGAAUUUAUGUACUUUCCUCAAAUUUUUCUGACCGAUACGAUGCAUAUUGCUUCAAUUCGUCAGAAUCAAGAGAUGUGGUUUGUGAACCAGUGAAAAAGUUAUAUUCAGCUUUGCCUGAUAAUAACAGCAGUAUUGAAAUUUUCAAUGCUGAUGGAUCACGGUAUGUUGAAGGAAAGAAGGUCACCGAAAGGCCACAAGUUACUGAAGAUGACAGUAGUGUGGGCAGUGGUUCUGCAAUUGGCAGAGGAACUACAGAUCCCAGUGACUUCAUAUCAGAGGAUGAUAUCACAACGUUUACAGCAGUAUAUGGAAGUGAAGACCCCCAUUACCACCAUCCAGGAAAUCCUGAAGAUCAGAAUCCUACUGAAGAAAAUUCAAAUCAUGGAAAGCAUCAUGGAAAUUCUAGUCAAGAUCAGCAAAUCACUGAAGAUUUUCCAUUAUGGUGGCCACCUGAAGAACCUAAAGAAAUGCAGAAUACAACCUCCAGCGAGGAUCAGAGUUUUGAAGAUGAUGAUGGUGGUGGUGAUGAUGAUGACGAAGAAGGGUCUGGGCAAAAAAAUCCUGAAACAGUUCUUGAGUGGGACAACAGUGGUGAUAAGGAACUUCAGUCAUCAAAUACCACUGUGAACUCCAGCAGAGAUGUCAAACAAGAAGAAUCAGCCCAUGGUAUAUUGCUACCUGCUGUACAUUCUGGAAGGGACAGUGAAGUCAGAUACUCAACAAAUGACACAAGAGCGGAUGUCCUACCUGGAAUUGUUCCUCUAGGUGAUGAUGAACAAUAUUCAACCACUACCGCUAUGUCCUCCAGUGAUGAUUUCUUCAAGCAGGAAGACUCAAAGCAGCCUCAACUGGCGAGUGCAUUUCCUGAACUGGAAAUUGAAGACACAAUAUCCCCUGCAAUCAACACUUCAGACAUGUUACAUCCAGAAUUUUCCACUUCUGAUGAAAAUGAAAAUACCCUGGAAAAAGACCCUUUUCAUCAUCCAGUUACAUUCUUCAAUGGAAGUGUUGAACAUGAAGAAGGACAUCAACAUCAGCCAUCAGCUGUUGAUACAGUUUCACACAGGAGUCAAAGUUCUGUCACAAACAGGACAGUCCAUGAUAUCGUACAAGUACUUGUGCCUCCAAGGGACAACUAUUAUGAAAAUGCAUCUUCGCAGUCAGCAGUAGUUUCCAGUGUUAGUACUGAUUCCGAAGUUCCUACUCAUCAUUCAAUAUUGCACCUAGAGGAUAGUGAAGAAAAACAUCACACAAACACAUCUAGAGAGCAAUUGCUGCCUGGAAUUCUUCAUCCAACUGCAAGUAAGCAUGACAAUAAACUUUCACAUACAGGUAUUAGCAAUAUUUCAACUGUAGUCUCCAAGGAAAAAGGAAAAGACAACGAAACCACACAAAAUCCAUUAUUUUAUGACAUCCAUCCAGGACUGGACAAUAAAAAUGAUCUUCCUGAAAACAAAACUAGGGAUGAUUUUCAGUCUGAAAUUAUUCAGAUUGAAAGAAAGCCUGAAUUGGAAACAACUCAGACAGCUGUGAUUUCCACGAAAGCUGGUGAUUAUGAGGAUUCUACCCAAGAUUCAUUGAUUAAAGAAGAUCCUGAUUUGAAUGAGAAACUUCAUCAUCCUACAAAUUCAUCAAUAAACAAUUUGAUACCUGGAAUUAGUAAUCUCCCAGAUAAUGUGCAAGAAAAUAAAACAUCACAUACAGUUGCCAUACUCAAGGAUUUUGAAGAUUCAGCUCAAUCACCAUUGCCUCCUAUUUACCAGCCAGACUGGUUCAGUGAAGAAAAACCUACUAAUACUUCCAGUAAUGGCACGGAAAUCAGUAAACAGCAUGAAAAUGAACAUCAUUCUUAUGAAGAUGUGGGCUUUUAUGGGACCAAAGAAGAUUCAACCCCAGAACCAGUGAGGCAAUGGGUUAGUGAAGACAUGUAUACUACAAAAGCCACAAUGGAUGUCUUAUUUUCCGGAAUUGUUCCUCGAAGAGGAAUAAAUCAAAAAAAUAAAACUGAUCAUACAGGCAGUUUUGAUCCUAUAUAUAUCCUGCUCAUAAUUGAUUUAACUAUUGUUACCCCAGUUGUGGCCUCCAGUGAUGGAGACAAAAAUGAAACAUCAGAUCUUGGUCCAGAGUGGCAUCCUACAUGGACCAGGGAUGAUGAAAAUCUUGUAAAUAACAGUCAAGAUCCUAUAAACAGACAUCCACCUUCCACUGACAGUCCUGAUCCAAACAAACACCCCAGUGUAGCGGGAGACAGAAAUAUGACACCUUUACCUGAAGGAUCAGGAAAAAGUCAACCACGAACGAGUCGUAUACCAGAUUGGCUUAUUGUAGUUGCUUCUCUUUUGGCCCUGGCAUUGAUUCUUGGUGUUUGCAUUGCUGUAAACAGUCGAAGGAGAUGUGGGCAGAAGAAGAAGCUUGUGAUCAACAACGGUAAAGGAGGCAUAGAUGAGAAAAAGAAAGAUGGGUUAAAUGGAGAAGCCAGCAAAUCUCAGGAAAUGGUGCACUUGGUACACAAAGAGAAGCCAGAAGACCAAAAGGGCCCACAUGACGAAUUCCAAGCAAUUGAUGAAACACAGAACCAACAAGAUGUGCCCUUGAAGAGUGGCAUGUAGGAAAGCUGUGCCAAUCAAAUUGAAUCAGAGUUGGGGAAAACAAAAAGCAUCAUACUGAACUGGGACUAAAACUCAGAAAUGCAAUGAGCUACUGAUCUCUUUAAAACAUAAUUAAGCAUACAUUUUCUUGUUUUUUUUUCUUUGGUAAUGGUCAGCUUCAAAAAUAACAUGUCAUUUUUGGUUUUGCCCAACAUUGCAUCAUUUUGCCCAGUUUAAAUUAGUGACCAUCAUCUUAUUACUUGUAUUUGUUCCCCAGUUGCAAUCAGUUUGGUAAGGCAAAACACCAAAAUUUAUUUUGCCUGACAUACAGAAUUUUUGAACUUUCCAGAAUCUGUAGCCAUUAAGGUAUUAUAAAAUGCAUUCCCAGGGAAUUCACAAUGAUAGGCUAUCUUGAGAUUUGACUCAUAGAUGUUGGAAUUGAAUUUUUAUUGGUCAGUUAAGAGAUUGUCAGGUUUAUUAAAUCUCGUUAAUGUUUUAAUAUUUUGGAAUUACAUGUUGUAAUAGUUGAAUAUGAAAAGCAUGUUUUUACACAUUCCACAGAUCUCCACCAUAUUAAAAACACACUCACCAAAAAGGGUGGAAAGACCCAAAAAAAAAACCAAACCCCAAAUCCAAAUCUGAUUUAUAGCAAAUAAAUUUUUAUUCUCUAUAAUCUAAAUAAUGUGGUGAUGUUAUCUUUAAAUUUCAGUGUUCACCUUCCUUGUUAGCCUGCUGUACUUCUGGUGUAUCUUAUUCCAUUUAUUAGGGAUCCCAUUAAUUAUCUUAUGGGCUGUGAACUGACCCUAGAAUAUUUGGACGGGACCAAACCAAGAUACAUUUCUUUUUUCUUGUCCCACUAUCCCUCAAUGCUUGCGUUCCCUUGAAAUAUCCAUUUCCUAUUUGAGUCUGAAUUAAUAGGUCGCAGUCUAAUGAGAAUUAGAGAGUAAAAAGAUUCUUCUUAAGAAUAAAGCAGGGCACCUCUUUUCCUACACAGUUCCAGUUCUAUUAGAGUAUGUUUAUGUGAGAUCUUUUCUGUGCAGUCAUGACUUACAAUGGAAGAACACAUGAAACAUAUUUGAAAUAAGUAAUUCAGAAGUUCUGUUCUCUUGAAAACAUGCCACUAGCUGAAAUCCAGCCAGGAUCUCUAUACACAGAAUAAGUGCCUUUAGUAGAAUGUACUGUAUGUACCUCCCAAUUUUCCAAAAAUAUGAUAUUGAAGGUUGGAGAAAAUGUUGUAGAAUAUUGUGUUGUGUGUGCAUUACUGAGUGUUUUCAGUCAUGUUAUGCUUUUUAGUAAUAAGAUAUAGAAAGUGUAGACUAACUACCUUAUUUUGGAAUCCACUGUGAUAAUUUAGCUAAUCAGAUAUAAGAAACAAUUGUUUGAACUUUUAUUGGAUUGUUUUUCAGUCUGAAAGAAUGCCUGGAGUAUAACCAUUACCCCGUAUGUGCUUACGUUAAGGAAACAAUUAUUGUCAGCUACCACACUUUCCAUUUGAAUUACAAUAUAAUAAUUGAUGCCAUAUACUUCUUUGCUCAAAGAUGUUGGAAUAAAACUUUGAACAG